AUGAUCGAAGGUGUUUUGAACAGUAUUAACUUGAAAUCCUACGCCAUAAGUCCAGUUGUCUCGAAUCUAACGGCAUGUGAAGAGAGAGGAAUAAAUGUCGCACCUUGUGUCAGCCCUGAAAACAAUAACAAUAACAAUAGCAAAAUCAAUGACAGAAAAACUAAAAUAGAAGUCAACAACGAUUACAUCCAGUAUCUUAUCUCUACUAGCAAAAUCAAUACGACACCCUUGUUGACUGACAAAUAUACAGAAAUUACUGAAAUUCAGUUGGAGCUGUUGAACAAAGAUUGGAAUUUCGGCUUUCAUCUACGUGCAGUAUGUGCCCAACUUCUUGCAGGAUGCCUGUCGAUGGAAAAAACCGAAGUUUUGCUAGUCAAUUGUAUUGAACUGUACAGCCGCUCAAAACAUCAAGACAUUCACUCUGAACGCUUUAAUGGCGCAUUUUCCAACUCAAGUGCCCCCACAGGUGACAAAAUUUACGAAACAAUCAAUAUCUGUAAUAUUAAUUUGGAGAACUCGCACAAACUUGUUAUCGGUAGUAACGUCUUCAGCGGCCUCGUCAUAUCUAGUUUGCGUCUGGACUCUACAAGCCUGGAACCCGAGCUUGGUCCUUCCACGUACCGCUCCCAUCCAAACGCCAUCACCAAGCUAUUUGUUUCUUCUAGCUCAAUCAAAAAAGCAAAUGCACUUUUAGUUAAAAAAAAAGCAACACAAAUCAACAACUUUGAUAAGUUUUCACAACUCAGGCAGCUUCGUUCAAGCUUUACAAUUUCCAACACCCACUGUUUUAGCAGAUACUCAUCAAGAUUCACAUACAACGUAUACAUGAGACCAUAUACAACAUUUACUGCGUUUUGUGCAGAAGAGGGUGAUGACUUUAGCGUUGUAAAGCUUGGAUCAAGUGCUAUGAGAUUUAUAGCUGCAGUGCUGUUCAACCAAGAAAAAACGUUUAGUUGCAAACAGCUUGUAUCGGUUGCCCCGCCCGUUGAAAAGAAAACUUAUGUCCAUCAGCAGCACAAAAAAAAAACCUUGGGGCUCGACUCUGUUAAUGACACAAUCACAAGCUUUGGGAAUUUAGCCCUCGAAGAUAUUUUGUUUGGCAUUGCAGAAAAGAUCACUCUACCUCUCAAAGAGCUGAACAACAAGGGUGCCAAAAAGAUUCUACAGAAAAUAAAACACAUGUAUUGA